GAGGUCUCUGGUCAAAGUCAGUGCCGCCAGUUCUCUCAUGGCCUCCGCAUUGUUGUGCCUCUCUUCCGCCGGUUCCUUUGUUGACCCUUAGAGGACCUCGAGAAAAUUUCCUCAACGGAGACUUCCGAUUAUGCAAAGUCAUGGAGCCGAGUAAAAGCAACAAGGUGUCAGCAAUGAUUCCAGGCCUGACAAACACGCCCCAAGGCAGUCUCGAGUCCUUGAGCGAGUACACGGACGCACACGAGGACACGCCAUCGGCGCCAACUGAGUUCCUCGCCGAGUUCCUGUCCGCCAUCAUGACCAAGGACUACGAAACGGCGCUGAAAUAUUGCAAACUCAUUCUGCAGUAUGAGCCGUACAACGCCACUGCUAAAGAGCUCUACCCACUAAUCAUUGAGAAAAUUCAACUAAACUGCAACAAUGAUGAGAGUGGUGAGGACAGCAGUGGCGAGCCCUGUUCGGACGGGACAACCGCAUCCUACUCCAGUCUAGAGGACGAAGAGGUCCUGGAGUACGACAACAGUUCUUUCUACAACAAUGGCAAUGGCAGCUCCUCUUCACAUGGUGAAGUCUCAUCCUUCCUCGACUCUCCGAGUGAAGAGAUGAGUCACAAAAUGCAACUGCUGGCCGACCACGCCAACGGCAACAAUGUCCUGGUCGCUCCGCCAACCAGCUCGGAGGAAUCGUCGCCCACUGAACCAGCUGGACACUCGCUUCUCGAGACCAUGUCCAAGAUAAAGCUGUAGGAGUGUGCCCUGUCUUAAAAAGAAAAGGACUAAACUUGAUUGGCUGAGAAUUAACACAAAGGACUCAUGGAAUUUUACCAUAUCAUUUAUUUGCUUUUAUGAAAUUCAUUGAGUCUAAAAGUUUACUUUUGUUACAUAAAAUUUCAAUUUAUUUAGAAUCAAAGGAUUAGAAGCAACUUUUUAAUUUUUUAUUAUAAACCAAAAUCUUAAUUUCAAAACGGUAUUUUCGAUCCCUAUAAUUAAACUGUUAAAUAAGUAAUCUAAAAUUAAAUAUUAUUUUUUGAAAACAAAAAAAUUGUUGUUCCUUUGGGAAAGUAUCUUUUGAAGAAAGUUGGAAAUUUUAACAUAAAGAAGCGAUUUUAAAAUUUUCAAAGACAUACACUGAAUUUAUGACCAGUAUUUAUUUAUUUUAUUUUUAAGAAGACAAAGAGAGUUUUUAUAUUAUUCUUCUUGCAAUUUUUCUAAAUAGAACACAAAAUAGUAAAAUAUGGAGCAUGCAGUCUGAAGCGAAAAAAAGGAGUCAGGGUGCCAGUCAGGGUCCUAAUAUUAUACUUUAACCUCUAUACAAACAACAUUCACAAAUUUGCAUACAAAAUCGUUCAUCACAGAACUAAGAAAUCAUCAUUUUUAAAUUUAUUAAUUAACAUUUUGAAAAAAAAAAAUACCAUCAUUCUUUUGUCCUGAAAGCUUCCUUAAAUGCGUUGGCACUGCAAACAGCUUAAGAAAAUUUAUCAAAAUAAAAAUAUCAAAUGUGGCCAAGAAAGAAAUGACAAUACAAAGGCUGUACGCGUGACUGAUGUUGGUAAUCGUUUAGUGGAAAUAGAACCUUCAACAACACAAACGUCCAUCAGGAUUUAUUUAAUUUUAUUAUUCUUAAUUUUAAACCAAAAUUUUGUAAAAACGCCAUUUUUUUAUUUAUUAUUUAUUUGUGGGCAAAAGGAAUACGUAAAAGGUGGAAUGGAAAAUUUCAGAUAAAUGUACACCAGCCUUCAACAUACAUAGCAAAAUUGAGUAUACAAAAAAUUGUUACAAAGCCUUGCAAUUAAAACAAACAAAAAAAAAAUCGAUGGGAACAAUAGAUUUUUGUUUAGAAAUACUCCUUGUAAAAUUAAAAAUCUCAGACUUAAAUAAAUCCAUCAAAAUGUA